UCGAAGUAAAGUUCUGUUCUCAUCAUUCGCUCGAGAAAAUUUUUGAAACAGUUAUUCCAAAAUGAUGAACAGCUUUCAACAAGCGUACUACGAUACUCCCGAUUCGCUCUCGCUGCAAGAAAUGGUGGAGUGCGAUAGCCGGGAAAUGGAUUUUAAUUUGAACGAUCCGUUGUUUCAACUGCACGAGCAGGGUAUUUUUCAAGAUUUACAGCAGUUAACAGUAAAGCAUGAGAGGCCCAGAACAGAAUGCCAUCCCGCAGCCGAUUUAACGAACUUGCAGUGGCUGCAAAGCGUUAGUAUACCCAUGGAAAAAGGCUCGGCAAGCGAGAAACAAGUUAUGGUUGAUCCUAAUACUGCGUUACCUGUACAGUGGCCGAAUCAGCAACAAGUUUCCAUGUCCCAAGUACACACUCAAGUCAACGUUACUGCUGUUCCACCUCCUCAGAUUUUGCAGGCACGUGCGACAGAUUCGAAGCCCAAAAUCCACCAGCACAAUGCAAAAAAUGGCUUAAAAGAUAGCUUAAAGUCGCAGGAUAAAGCCUACCCGAAGCCUCUGUUUUCAUAUUCGUGUUUAAUCGCUAUGGCCUUGAAGAACAGUGAUUCAGGCACACUCCCAGUCAGUGAAAUCUACAAGUUCAUGAUGGGAAAGUUUCCAUAUUUCAAGACCGCUCCGGAUGGAUGGAAGAAUUCUGUUCGACACAACCUCUCAUUGAACAAGGCCUUUUGUAAGCUGGAAAGGCCUCAAGGUGCCUCUCAGAGAAAAGGAUGCCUGUGGUCCUUAAAACCAGAGAGACGUGAACAAAUGGAUAAGGAAAUAAGAAAAUGGAAGAAAAAACAUGCUGAAGCUAUAAGAGCAAGCAUGGCAAAUCCAGAAGAGUUAUCCAUCUCAAGUGAGGACUUAGAAAAUUCUCCAGAGCUGAUUCAAUCAGAAAAUUGUGAAGAUAUGGCAGCAGCAGAUGCAGCCAAGGAACUAUUCGGUAAUGAUUUGAUUCAAGAAAUUCAACAAAAUGAAGUACUCGAUUGGGAUGACAUCAUCUCUCAAAGCACAGAGCUUCCACUUGACCCAGCACUCAGCACUUGUACAACCUUGCCAAUGUCUACACCAAUCAAUGGUAUUCAUGGGUGUGAUCCCAUCACGACCACAGUAGAAAUAGAAAAUUCUGGGCAGUACUUUGUUAAUGGUGAUGGGCAGGAUUUUGACAUCUCAUUACCCAUAGUGUCACAAUACUACAGCUUGCAACCACAACAUAUCAAUGUGGGAUUUUGAUUUAUCGUAGAUUUAGCUAGGACUUAUUGAAAAAAUAAUUUGUUAAUUACCAUACAGAGACCAUAAAUUUCUUUAAGUCUUCUCUAUAUUGAAAUGUAAAAGCAUUCUUAAGUAAGGUGAAAAUGCAUGUAGAGGUUUUUUUUUUAAUCAAAAGCAUUUUGAAUUGAAGCAGCAACACUUCAAAAAACGCUUUACAGGGUUUUCUGUUCAGGAAUACGAAGAUCAAUACAGAGCUUUUUAUCUUAAGAUCUGCAAAAUGUGUUGGAGAUGACCCUUAAUUAAGGGCACAAAUAUAUUUGUUCCAAGUUGACUUACUGAUAAAGGUUAAAAAGUAUUUAUCACCCUGGGACACAAAAUUCUGUCAUAAGACAACCCUGCAAUGCUAUCAAUGCUUUUACCUACAGUCGCAUAUCUUUUGAGGUAUUAAUAUUAAAUAUUUCAUUUUCUCUAAACAUUUCAAAUUAUUUCUUAGAUUAUUUGUUUUAUAACUGUGGUCUGCAGUCAUAAUGUCAAAAAUUGUUCAAGCAAUAAUUGCAUGCUUUGUAUAUGCACUUAUACCUUUUAUUAUCAUAAUGUUAUAUCUGUGUGUUUAUAUUGCAUUUAGUAUCUAUACCUGUAUAUUUAUAAACUUUUAUUGGUAAUGCCACAACUAAUUUAAAUUGUAGGUGAUUUCUUUUAAUUAACAAGACUUGAAUGGGAGAUGAAUUGGAGAAUGAGUUGUUGUGCAUAGAAUUUGGUGUCGUGUCUUUGUUCCUCAUCUGUAAACUCAAAGUUUGCAUUACACUUCUUAUUGUAGUCACGUGGUUCUUGUGGUAAAAUUAAGUUAAUAAUAGAUCCCCUUAUCAGAGAAAGUGUUUCUCUGCAUAACAAGUGUAUAAACAUAACUCCUAGUUGCAUGAAAAUUUUCAAAAGUCUUUUCUUUUACUCUGAGCAUUUAUUGCACAUUUUGAUUUGUUAACUGGAAUCACUCGGUCCUUUAAUUGCAUGAUUGGUAAUUAAUGCUUUAGCCUCAUUUUUUACCAUCACAUAAUGACCUUGUCAACAACAACAUCCCUAAGUUAUUGUAUAUAGAACCAUUAGCCAGCUUAGCAGCAUUAACCAUCACUUUACACAAAAUAUAAUCGAUAGUCAAAAGUUUGUACCAUAGAUUCACCACUAAUUUAAAUUUGUAGCUAGUAUUUAUUUUGUUACACUAGAGGUAUAUUUCUUUCAAGUGCUGACAUAACAUUGUGCUGAUGUCAUGUAAAACUUGCUCUCAUUUUUGGGACUGAUCAUGUUACCAAUAAUAGGAUCAGUCAAAAGAUGGUGUGGAAAUUGAUAAUAAUGUUUAAUAAUAAUAUAUGGUUAAUGUACAACUUGUAAAUAAGAUCAUUUCUUUAGUGAACUAUUGUAUCUCAGAUUCAAAGCUUGUAGAGCAUUAUUGUAUGUAGGACAGUGGGCAGAUAUGCUUCAGUACUGUCAAUAAAGAAAAGCUCAAGGUCUUAAACA